AUGGUGAAAGCGUACUUGCGCUACGAGCAGGAAGCGGUAUUCGGCCUCGUAGUCUCCCCUUCCUGCGGCAGCAUCUGUUUCGACCAAUCAGGGCGCUCCAUUCUAACCGGCGCGCUCGAACGCUUACUCGUAUGGGACGUACGAAAGGGCACGUUGCUACAGCAGCUCGCGCCACAGGCCGGCGCCGGCUACAGCCAGGGGAGCGGCGCGGGCGCGGCCGGCGGCGCAGCCGGCAGCGUGCAUGAUGCCGUCCCGGCUGUAGCGGACGUGACGGCGAUUUGCCCGUCGCCGGCCGACGCGACGCAGGUGGCGGCGGGGUACACGUACGGCACGUUGCGCGUGUGGAACAUGGUGGACGGCACGUGUAGGACAAGCCUUGCCGGCCACAGAUCGGCUGUAGCGGUGGUGCGGUACAACGCGGCCGGCGCGCUGCUGGCGUCGGGCGGCAGAGACGCGGAUAUCGUCGUGUGGGACGUGGCGGGGGAAGUGGGACUCGUGCGGUUGAGAGGCCACAGAGACCAGGUCACCGAUCUCACCUUCCUGGAGGGCACCAUGGUGCAGCACCAGUCACUUCUAGUCAGCUGCAGCAGGGAUGCCCAGAUUAAAGUGUGGGACCUCGCACUCCACCACUGCAUCCAAACCAUCGCCGAGCCUCGCGGCGAGCUCUGGACGCUCGCCGUCCACCCGAGCCUGCCGAGGCUCGUCGCUGCCGGCACCGAACCUGAGAUCCACACUAUCCACGCGGACAGCAGCACGCGGGCGGCAUCGCUGCAGUCUGCCGGCCACCGAUCGGACGUGCGCUCGCUGGCGCUCUCCUCGGAUGGCUCGCUUCUUUUGUCCGUUUCCAAAGGCUCCGCCAAGGUGGGAGAUUAA